ACACGUCCGUUUCCUUGCCCUCUUAGGCAUCAAGUUUCUCAGUUUCGUGAUGUGAGUUUUCUUCUUGCUUUCAGUUGACGUAUCGCGGCGACUUGGAGAACUAUUUUCUUGUUACAGUUGAAAAAUGAGGAGACGUGGGGUGGGAGCUGGCGCCAUCGCCAAGAAGAAAUUGGCUGAGGCAAGAUACAAGGACAGGGGAACUGAGAUUGCAGCUGAUCAGUUGGCACAGAUGUCAAAACAGCUGGAGACAUUUCAAAAGCACCUGGAGGAAUUUGCCACCAAGCACAAGGAUGACAUACGACGGAAUGCAGAGUUCCGUCGACAGUUCCAAGAGAUGUGUGCUGCUGUGGGUGUAGAUCCACUGGCAUCUGGGAAAGGUUUCUGGUCAGAAAUGCUGGGGAUUGGAGAUUUCUACUACGAGCUGGGAGUUCAGAUUGUGGAGGUCUGUUUAGCCACAAAACCCAGGAAUGGAGGACUCAUCAUGUUAGACGAGCUGAGAGAGAGGAUAGCAGGGAAGAGCAGGGCCAGACAGGAUGUCAGCAAUGAUGAUUUGUUAAGAGCGAUUAAGAAGCUGAAAGUCCUGGGCAGUGGGUUCACAGCCAUCCCUGUGGGAGGGGGGCGGUACCUGGUGCAGUCAGUCCCAGGGGAGCUUAACAUGGACCAUACCACUGUACUGCAGCUAGCAGAGGGAAGCGGGUUUGUGUCAGAAUCUUCCAUUGUCAACAAGCUCCGAUGGGAGACAGAAAGGGCACAGAGAGUACUGGACCACAUGGUGAAGGAAGGCCUGGCCUGGGUGGAUGACCAGGCAACUGAAGGGAGACAGUACUGGUUCCCUGCACUAUUCCCUGAUCCUGCUGGAUAGUAUAGAAUACUAUAGAUAUAUAGUAUAGAUAAUUUAACAAAGAUAUCCUACUGAAGGUUAACUCUCAAGAUAGGGUAUUGAAGGUUAGCUCCUGUGGUCCAUAGGAGCUGUAAUAUUGCAUUUGUUCUCAUUUGGAUAAUACUGAAAAAAUAUGGCAGAUGCAAAUUGAUCAUGAGUGUAACCAAGGAUGUUAUAGAACCUCCUUGGUGUUACAGUUACUGUACAUUCUUUUAUCCAGUGGUAGUGAUUUAUCAUGAAAAGCCCCCAGAUGCAACAUAUUUGUUUGGAAUUGUGAAGUAUCAAUUGAAUAAAAUGAGUAUGUU